CUUGCUCUCCUGCCCCUCGGCGCGCCCCUUCCCCCUCCACGCACUUAACGUCGCGCCGCCAUCCAUUUCAACUACAUUACCCGUAAUGUGAGCACUAGCUAAGCUUCCCAAAAACAGCACUAAACCUCUAAAAUCAGAUGGCUUCCUAAUACGCCCCGUAGGCUGGCUAGCAACAAGGGUGUCCUUAAAUUUGCCUAGCCCAUAGCUCGUCAUGCGCGAGGGGAAAACGCCAGGACAGAUCACAUUCACUAUAAUAUUCUUCAGCGCAAGCUUCGACGCCUGCAUCUUAGUGAGGUGGAUGCAAGCAGCCUUCGAAGUCCUAAUGCCCGCCAUGCUCGCGAUAUUCACAACGCGCGAGGGGUUAUCAGGCGUGGCGCCUUGCAGCAGCAGCAGCUCCAGCCCAACAGUCGUGUAGAAGAUGCUCUUAAUGUUAAGGCUUAUAAGCUUGUCCCAGCUGCUCUCUAGGAAGUUGUAGUAGUUAGCGCCCCAGGUCGCGCCUGUGUUGUUAAUUAGGACGGUUAGGCAGGGGACGCAGGAUUU